CUGAAGGAGAAACGUUGCUGAAAGUUCGUUUUCUAACCAAUUCUUUCAAACAAGACAUGGCGCGAGCCUCUGUAGAGUUUUGGAAUUCGAUUGAGAGACUUCCAACGGAUAAGCAAAAACAUCUUCUUCAACGGCAACUGCAAACUAGAGAACCAAUUCACAGCUUUAAGGACAUACGACUUGGCGAUCAUCUAGUAAGAAAAAAUUCCUUCCUUGGGCUGGUUUCAUACGAGCAUCAUUUUAUCUGCGUCGGUUUCAACGGUGAAGGCAAGCCGUUGAUUGUGCACUAUUACAGUACACCAUGGAAAGCCACCGCUCAGUUGAUCCCUAGUAUCACAGGCUGUGGUUCUCCCUUUGAACAACUGGCAGUGGUUCAGGAGAUGUGUAUUGAAGAGUACGUCAGCGAAGCCGCGCUACAAACGGAAGGAAACGAAGUGGCAAGAGUUGUGUGGCCAGAGGAACUGCUCCGGUAUCCUCCCGAGGAAAGGGUUAAAAAAGCCAGGGGAAGGGCUGGAAAAAAAGAAAAAUGGUACGAUUUAGAGAAGAAUAACUGCGAGACCCUAAUCAUGUGGUGCUUUUGUGAUUUACAAAUCAGUCUUCAAGUGACCACUGCUGUUCGAUAUCUUCGUGAAGUUAUUGGCAGUGGAUAUAAUUCUCUCAGACAGUCACUUCAGCAAGUUCCAAAAGUAGUGGUUGAACAGUUUGGCGACGACAUAAUUCUUGCGGUGAUGCGACUUAUGAGGGCAAAGCCCAUUGAAGCAGCUCUUCCGAAAGGAAUCGGAGUCUACGUCGGCGCAGCAGUGUCCAUUUUCGCAGAAGCUUUUCUGGCUUACAGAGAAAUUAUGUCAGCUAAGCAAAAAUGGAAGGAGGGGAUUGUCAUGACGACCAGACAGGAGUUUAUCAAGGAAGUCAUUGAUAGUGUUCUGUCAGCUCCUUUACGUGCCGGUGGAAGCAUUGGCGGGAUGACAUUCGGCCAGUUUUUAAUCCCUAUCCCAGUCCUUGGUGGUAUUAUUGGAGCCGCAAUCGGUGCUUUUGCAUGCGAUUACACCUCAAAAUGGCUUACUGGUUUUGACUUCACAGAAUUUCUUGCUCAAUGUAUUGACAGCCACUUGUCUCCUGAUAAACUCGAUUAGGAGCCGUGCAAACUUAGGGACAACAAUGACUGAGUGACCUUUUCUCGAGGUACUUCAUAUGACUGUCAUCAUCUGUAACUUGGCAUUGCUUGUACUGAUAGACGCUCGUGAGACUGUUUUUAACGCGCGAACUGGUCUUGUGCGUGUGUCACCCUCGCGCGCCUCGCACUCGUUUCCCUCGUUCUCCAUUUAGCCUUUGUAAAGAGCCCCCCCCCCUCCCCCCUUCCAGAGGAGAGGGAGGGUCUGUACUGUACACAGGGAAUAUCCGUCGCGUGUACCAGUUUGUUUUAACGUAAAGGUACCCGGAAAGGAAUGAACGCGACUUCCGGUCCUCGAUUUGCCGCUCCUGCGAUCCGUUUCCGCCAUAAAAUGUCUUUUCAUU